AAACAAUCAAGAAUUUUCAAAACGCCAAUCAUUCGCUACAUACUACGACACAAGAUUGCAAUAAAGACACGCACCAGGUGAGUGGCAUUCAGGUUUGGGCUCAUCUUGGCAAUCGCCCAACGUUUAGUUCAUCACUAUCACUGAUAAUGCCAGUCCAUCCCCAUGUGUUCCAUACAAGUUGCAGAAGGCCAGAAGGUUUGCAAAGAGGCCCAGUCGUUGGGAGCCGCAGUAUCUCCGGUCGAGCCACUGUUGCUGUUGUAGUUGCCGUUGAUAUUGGCAUCUUCCUCCGGAGCAGCAUCAAAGUCAUUGUUGCCGUCGGUACUCAAUGCAGCCAUAUCAUCACGAAGUUUCUCCCGUCGCGCAGUUGCCUCAUUUCGAAGCCGAGAGGCAGCAGCAAUUCGCUGCUUGUGCAAAAGCUUGUGUAGAUCCUCCCGCUGGCGCUGGAUUCGGAUAUUCGCGAAUAGCAGGGUCAACAUCAUCAGCAGCAACUGCAAUAGCUUCCGUUUCGGUUGCUUCCUUAAGAUUCAAAGCAGUCGGAUCAAGCAGGCGAAUACUUGGUGGCCCGUCCAUGACCGCAUCACAUACCUCGGUCGCCCAGGUUGACUUCCCCGCGCCCGGGCAUCCCGUCGCAAUAGCAAACCCAGCGGUGGAAGUCUCCAGUGAUCUAACAGCUGCCUCAGUAUCAGGAUCGUUGGUAUAUUUGUCACUGUUCAGUCGAGUGGCUAGCUUCGGAAAGGCAGCCAGAAAGUUGCCGGGAGGAAGGUGGUUAGGGCCGACAAAAUCGAUGAUAUACUGCCACCAUUGUGACACUCGGCUGCAGUCUUUCAACCCUUAGGGUUAGGGCAGAUAACAUCGCAUUUCUUGAUUGCGGCUUCCAGUAGCUGCCGGGCAACAUCAAGAUGUUCUUUGUAUUUCAAUUUGAACAUUUCUGGGUCUCGUUUUCUUUGCGUCAUGAUAUCAUGAUACUCG